AUGGAUCAUGCAUUCAUCAAAGUUUACCUCCCUCAACUCUUCCAAUACACGUCUGGUCGAUGGAUAUAUAACGAGAAAAACCGUCUUACUGAGCGUCGCCGGGCAUUCAAUGCUGAUGCAUUGAAGACUGCUGUUGCUCGGUCGCUACAGAGAUGUGACACAGAUAUCAAAAGCCUGACAAAAUUGGCGGAAGGGGGCUUCAACCGUGUCCUUCAGAUUACCAUGCUUGACGAUACUCAGAUUCUUGCCCGAUUGCCAUAUCCCUCGACUGAACCAAAGCGAUUGGCAGUCGCUAGUGAGGUAGCUACCUUGGCUUUCCUUCGCGAUCAUGGUUUUCCUGUGCCACGCGUAUAUGCAUACUCCACAGAUGCUACAAACCUUGUUGGCUCGGAGUAUAUCAUCAUGGAGAAACUACCAGGACGACCACUUGGUGACCGGUGGUUUGAGUUGUCUGAUCGUGAGCGUCUUAAGGUGCUCCUGCAGCUUGUACAGUUUGAAGCGAAGCUUCAUGCGAUUCAGCUCCCUGCGAGUGGAAGCAUAUACUACGCGAGCGAUCUACCGUCAGACUCACCACGCAUCGCCGUCCCAGAUUCGGAUGUUUGCAUUGGCCCUAGUGCAGCUCUUAAAUGGUGGUUCGCGGAGCGUACCUCUCCCCGUGUCGAUCGCGGUCCUUGUGCGGAUCCGAUCGAUGUUCUCCGAAAUCCUGCGUUAAAAGAAUUAGCCUGGCUGCGCACAUAUGGCCGCCCACGCUUUCCUUUUGAGCGUGCAUAUCGCGAGUCCAUGGGUCACCGAUUGUCCGACCCCAGUGAGCAUAUUGAGUCGCUGGAAUCCUACCUCAAAAUUGCUCCUCGACUGCUCCCAUCAAAUGGAUUCUUACAUGACCUGGAUAUUGUCGGGCUAAUUGACUGGCAACAUGCAGCUGUCCUUCCACUCUUCCUCGCCGCCGGGAUUCCCAAGUUCUUCCAGAACUACGAUGAUCCUGAAUCGCUUCAUUUUCGCCCGCCUCCUACUCCGGAUUUAAGCGAUCUAGACGAGGAAGAACAGGCCGACGCUCUGUAUGACUUUCGACGACGCCAUACCCACUUUUUCUAUUUGGCAUUCACUCAGCGGUUCAAUGAACCCCACUUCCGUGCUAUGGAUCAGAUCACGAACAUGCUUACUCGGCGCAUCUUCAGCCAUGCGGGCGACCCCUGGGAGGGCAACAACAUCCCGCUUCAAGCUGACCUUGUCUUAUUGGCCAAAUCGUGGCACGAAUGCUCAACUGACCCAUGUCCAAUAUCCAUCUCUACGGCCAAGUCAGAUUCUAUCAUGCAUUUGCAAAGCAUGCAGGACGAGAUUGACCUCCAACUAAAACAGAUCCGUAAUGCCAUUGGUAUCAGUAUUGAUGCUGCCUGUGCCCGUGCUCGUCAGAUGAAAGUUGAUGUCCUUGCUUCACUGGAUACAGACUACGAGCGCGAAAUGACGGAUCGACACUGGCCGUUUGAUGACCACAACGAGGAUGAGUAG